UUCGAGCAGUGAACUUUUGCAGCCAAGUGACCGAUCAGAGCCUUGUGACAUCGCUGUCACUGUGUUCGCAAAAAUCACCAACUAUGCAAGCAGUUCGUCACAACAGCCGUCCGCCCCAGUCUAUCGUAGAGUAGCAGACGAACAGGUCAUAAAAGCGACACCAACGGCCAACGGUUGAACGAGAGUGGGCGCGGGCGGCUCCCAUACCUGUGCAGGUCUGGAGUUCGUGUAGGUUGUGGCCCCGAGGGGCUUUAUUAGUUAGAGGUCAGUCUGUGCUCGCCGCAUGCGUGCGAAGUCUCCGUCUCGCGAUCCUGGUCUCGCUAUGCCUUGUUGCUGCGCGUUCGGGUGUCAUAAUCGUGACAGUAAAGGGAAAAAGCUUUUUACUAUACCGCGCGGAGAAGGGAACGAAGCGCGUCGGAAAGUCUGGCUCCACAGAAUAGGUCGAGCCAAUUUCGAGCCUACGGGAUCGACGCGCCUUUGUGAGGAUCAUUUUGAAGAAAAUCAAUUUGAGCCAAUAAUCCUAAACAAGUUUGGAAUAAAAAAGUUGAGGAAGAAUGCGACACCAUCCAUAUUCAGCCAUAGGAAGCAACCCCAACCACGAAAGCCACCAGCUCAAUGUUCACAAGACUCUGCUGCCCCCAGUGACCUCGAGCUUCAAUCAGUGGACAAUGCUCAUGCAUGCGCUGGCCCAGACGAGACCUGCAGUAGGCUGAAAACCUUGCCUUUUCACGAAUCCCAGGCUCCUGGUGAAUCAGAACAUGUCACUUUUCCUCCAAGUGGUGCCCAGGUUUCGGCAGCAGCAGCAGCUCAAAUUGAAGAAUCCCAGGCUCCUGGUGAAUCAGAACAUCUCACUGUGCCUCCGAGUGGCGUCCAGAUUCUGACAGCAACAGCUCACAUUGAAGGUGUUGCACCAGAUUUCAGCACCAUCCCCUUAGAAGAGUCUGUCUUGCAAGGUCACUCAUGUGUUGGGCCAGAUGCUGACUGCAACAGGCAAGACAUCACUCUAGGAGGCACAGACACUCUAGGAGAUCCUCUGUCAGCUUGCAGUGCAGCUUUAGCUCAUCAGCUACACCAAGAUGUUCACAUGAAUGGAGACCUCUCUAGCAGCCAUGUUCCUGCAAGUACCCUAGCAGCCCUACAUAAGAGGAUAAGUGAACUGGAGGAGCGUCUGAAAAGCUCGGAACGAAGACGGUCACUUUUGCAGCGGCAAAAAGAUAAAGCUAUCCUGGAAAAGCAAUCCCUUAAGCAAAAGCUCUCUCAUUAUUUGGCACCAGACCAGCUGCACUCCAUUUUAAAGCCCAACAUGAGAGGGACAGCAUGGGCUACGCCUACUAUUGAAAAAGGCUUGAAGCUUCGGCUGGCAUGUGGCACCCGCGGCUACAACAUUGUCAGGGAGCUUGCUGCACCACUUCCUGCUGAACGGACACUUCAGCGCCACGUUGAAGGCUACAAGUUUUCACCGGGCAUUCUGCAUGAAAUACUGCCUGCUCUUGCAUUUAAGGUGAACCUCAUGCAGGAACAUGAACGCCAUGCUAUCCUGAUGGUCGCUGAAGUCCAGCUUGCUGUGGGCCUCGCAUAUGACCAAGCUACUGGUACGGUCAUCGGUAAACCAACAAUACCCUUGGCAGACGGGACUCUCUCACCUGAUGCAAUAGCCACGCAUGGCCUUGUUUUCAUGUUGGGGGGUGUGACAACAUGUUGGAAACAGACUAUUGCCUACCAUUUCACAGGAAAUUCGUUCAGUAGUGGUGCUGUCAAGGCAAUUAUUAUUGAAAUAAUUCAAGAUUGUGAGACAGCAGGUAUGAGAGUGGAUGCAGUAGUAAGCGACAUGGGCGGGGAAAACAUGGGACUGUGGAGGCAGUUUGGAGUUGUUGGCAAACACUCGGCUCCUACAGUAUCUUGUGUUCAUCCCUGUGAUGCAAGCCGUAAACUGUAUUUCAUGGCAGAUGUUUCACACCUGUUGAAAAGCCUAAGGAAUCAUUUGACUCGAGGACAGUCAAUUUUUCUGCCCCCAGACAUAGUGCUGAAACAUAAACUGCCUAGUAAUGAGGUCAGCCUUGACCACGUCAAGCAGCUGGUUGAGUUUGAUCUCAAGCAUCAGUCGAACAUUGCGCCACACUUGAAGGCAGCUUGCUUAAACCCAGGGCACUUUGAAAAAAUGAAAGUGGGUCUGGUGUUCACGCUUUUGAAUCAUGACACCACAGCUGCUUUACGGUUUCUUGUGCAAAAAGGAGACUUGCCUCAAUCUGCACUAACAACGGCAUGGUUUCUUGAAGUAAUAUUUAAAUGGUUCAAGAUAAUGUCUUCACGGUCUACCAAGCUUGCAAUUAGUAAGCUAGAUGACCAGAAGUAUGAGGAUACAGUGUCUUUCCUGAAAGAAGUCAUUCACUUGUUUGGGGAAAUCAAAAUAGGGUGUGCUGAGAAAGCUGCAUGGAAACCAGUUCAAACAGGUGUAAUUUUGGUUUGCAAGGUUGCCCUUGAAUUGCAGGAUUACUACCUUAAUGUCAAACAUUUUUUUUUGUGUCCUCCUCAGCCGGUUUGGUCAAAGUGCACUUGAAAGUUUGUUUUCUACCCUACGGUCAAAAAACCCAGUGCCAAGGCCACUUGAGUUUUGCAGUGCAAUCAGGUCUGCUACACUGUCACAGCUUUUUAAGCCGAGUAAGCGUGGCAGCUACACUGAGGACAAUGCAUCUUCCUCACUUGGUCGAGGGGCUGAACUGGCCAGUACGGGAGCAAAUGCUAAAAAGGUGCCUGUUGCCUUCCCUGAUGAUGUGCUUGACCUUAGUUUGGGACAAAGCUCCUGAUUACCUGGCAGGGUAUGUUGUGCACAAUGUGAUUAAAAAACACCACUUUCUGCAUUCAGUGCAGACCAGCCAUAAAUCUGAUAAGGCCAGCACACUUACUCAAGUCAUACACUGAAACUAUCCAUCUUUUGGUUCCUUCACUGGCUGUUAUUGAGGUACUACAAGUGGCAGAGAACUUUUGGGCAAACACCGACAAACUUUUGCUCAAUGUAGUAAGCAUUCCCCAGCUCGAGGCUUCCGUGCGUGUGAGUGUUGCAUCCACGAAUUGUUUUCCUGUCUGACACAACAUUGAAGAAUGGUUACUGAAGGCAUUUUUUCGAACAAGAAUUUGUAUUUGUUUGGGAAAAAAGAACUGCUGAGAACUGAAAACAAUAUAAAGUCCGGCAGUCGCAGCAUUGGCAAGCAAGCUGCAACUACUAACGGUAAAUAAUUCCAGGAAUAAGGUGCUUAGGGGGAGGGCACAUUCACUGGGUUGCGAAACUUAGUUGGUCGUUUCUCGUGGCCAUAAUUUUGGCGAAUAAGCAGUGUAUCAGCGUUCUGCUGCAUCUGAUUUCAGUACAUUGUAAAAGUUGCGCUUGUUAAUUUACAAUGUGUAACACAUUUCAUGUGCUUACAGUGUAUUUGUCUUGUGAUUUAUAAAACCAGUGUAGCAACAUAUGUUUGUUUGCUCUCCUUGCAGUGGUUGGCUUGUACAAUUUAAGGGGUGUUCAAAUGAAAAGGUACGAAACGACACUGUGGGUAUAAAUGAAGACUUUAUUCAAAGUAUACACCAUAGGCCUGAGCACAACAAUCCCAUUGAUGAACGAGCCGAAGAAUUCCUUGUUUCCAGAAUUCCUAUGACCAUGACGAGACCCAGUCCUUCACAGCCUCCUUGAGUUCGUCAUCAAAGUUGAAGAGCUUCCCUUUCAGAUGUUUUUUCAGGGGACCAAACAACAUGGAAAUCUCAGGGCGACAUGUCCGGGCUGUAGGGCGGAUGGUCAAGCUGCUCCCACUUGAACUUGGCCAGUUCCGCAUGUGUGACCCUGGAGAUGUGUGUAUGUGCAUUAUCAUGGAGCAGAACCACACCCUCAAUGAGCAACCCCAGUCUUUUGUUCUUGAUGGACCUGCGUAGGCUUCGGAGUGCCUCACAGUACACAUCAGAGUUAAUGGUUCUUCUGUGCUGAAGGAAUUCAACAAGUAGUGGACCUUGGACGUCGAAAAAGACGGUGAGCAACACCUUGCCUGCUGACGCCACGGCUUUGCACUGUUUAGGGGGAAGUGACGACGCAUGCUUCCACUGCAUGGUGUCCUGCUUUGUCUCUGGCUCGUAGUGAUGACACCAGCUUUUAUCACCUGUGACGAUCCACUCCAGGAAAGCGGGGUCUUCAUGAUACUGAAACAGAUGUUGAAGUGCUAGCCUGUACGCAGUUCCUUGUGCUGGUCGGUGAGCUGCUUUGGAACCCGCUGCGUGCACACCUUCCUUAACGCAACAUGUCGUGAACAAUUGUCCACACUGUUCCAACGCUGACAUCCACCUUCAACGCCAAAAUUUGCAAUGUGACACGCCGAUCAGUUGUCACUAAGUCGUCCACUUUGUCGACGAGAUCGGCCGUGAUGACUGUGUUUGCCUGGCCUGGUCUCGGGUCAUCAACCAAACUCUCACGGCCUGCACAAAACCAAGCACUCAUGGACUUUUCGGACACACAGUCUUCCCCAUAUACGGUCAUCAUCCGGCGAUGGAUGGUGGCCGGUUUAACACCUUCCACUGUCAGAAAUCGGAUAACGCCUCGCUACUACUCAAUCGUGGAAUUUUGCAAUGUGAACACUAUCCUGUCCUCACAUGCAUUGCCCCGUCAAUUGGAUGGCACUCUUGAUAAGAGCCUCUGCUCUCUCCUGCACAUGUGGGUGCCCCCUGUAUACUCCAAUUCACCGUGGAGACUCCAAUCGCAUCCCUAGAUGUCUCGCUAUGUUCUCCCAUAGCGGCAUAGGCACCUAUUUGAACAGUUACAUUUUUGCAACGUUUUGUACCUUUUCAUUUGAACACCCCUCAUACUUUAAUUAUUAACGUUUUUUUGGCAGUGGGAAUUCACUGCACAUGGUAGCCAAAAUUCAUUUCGUUGUCAUUUAGCAAAUGCUUCUUACAACAAAAGGACGCGCAUCUUUAAUGUGUUAUAAAUCUGUUUUCAUUCUUAGUUCUUGUAUUUGCAUUUCCUUUGAUUUUUCGCAAUGCACUAGAACAUUUCUACAGAUGAUUCAGUUAGUCCUGUUUUGCCUUCGCUAUGGGGUAUUAUUGUAUGCUCUUUCCUGGCUGUUUAUGUCCUUAUUGUCCAACUUAUUGUUAUCCUUGCACUGACAUUGUUUACUACCCAUUUAUUUGUUCUGAAUUGUCGUUUCUUUAUGCAAUAGGCUUUUGACGAGUAUAAAAUUGCUUGCUGCUUACAAUGCGCUCAUUUGCUUGUGUAAAGAAACUAUUAAGUGCUCAAUUUCACUUGUGCUGUACUUAUUGCAUAUCUUCUGUUGCAUGAAAAUAUUGAAAUAAAACAUGUUAUAGAAAGGCAUGCUCUAUGAGCAGGAUCUUUCUUUUUCAUCAAAUUGCAGCUUCUGAACACAUGUGUUCGCAACACAGCACUUAAAUAGAAUGAGCGAGUGGAUGGUUUUGGGUUUCUGGAGACAAUCUUGCGGCUUUUUGCAGCAUACUUUUGGUGAUAAAUGGUUUUAAUGGCUUAAUUUAAGCGUGAUGCAUCGAACCUACAAGGGCUGUUAUAACAAUCUCGUAUAUAUGCCCUGUUGAAAUAUGUUAGGGAGCUCUGCCCUGAAGGUAAGCAUAGGUAUGCAUGUAGCUGUGUGCGGUGGACCUUUAUUUUCCAAUUGAAAGGAUUUCUCUUGAAAAAACUGGUUUCCGUUUCGAAGUUCAAGCAUUAACUUGACUGUCCGCAGGCAUAUCCACUUUGUUCAACACUGUGCGCGAUGAAUAUAUGUGUGUGCUGCGUUUGCGAUCA